CCUUGCGCCGUUCGAGUCGCAGGCGAAUCAGCACCACCCAUCGUCCGUUCAUUCAAGAGCCGUGCGCCACCCCGAAACACCCACCACCCACUCGACGCCCACCUGCGUCUCGGGCCGCAAGGUUGGCAAAAUACAAUUAUUCGAGCGCGAAUCCGCGGUGGCUGAUUUUCUGUUUUUUGAAUCGGAUUGAAUUGAAUUAAAUUGAAUACAAAGUUGCAAGUCGCGUGAGUCCUUCGUUCGCAAAAAGGAUAUUUAUUUGCCAAGCCAGCGUGUGUGUGUGUGUGUUUGUGUGUUUGUCGUGUCGGGUCAGUUGAGCGUUCAAGGACUCUGGUGCAGCAACUACAACAACUACAAAAUAGCUAGGGAAACAACAAUAUGUGUGCAAUAAAGGCGAGAAACGUGACAGCAACGUGCCAAUAGAGGCGAAGGCAUUGAAAAGCCCAAAAGGAAAACACAUUCGAGAGCAUUGGCAACGGAAAGGCGAGAAAAUAUUGCAGUUUACUCAACUUACCUUCCACGAUGCAUUUCUGGAUUGACAAACGAUCGCAGCAGUGCGGCUUUGGACGCUCCCGCGUGGCGGCCUCCUUGUCGCAUGCUGGCAGCGGCCUGAGCUACGGCCAUCCGCCCCGAAGGACCAAGUCCAGCAGUUGCAGCAGCAACGGCGCCGGCAGCAGCGGCCAGUCGAUGCCCUCGGUGCACCGAUCCCUGCCGCAGACCCCCUACGAUCUCCACCAGCCGGGCACAAGUCGCCAGUCGCAGUCGUCGUCGUAUGGCAACAACAACUCCCUGCACGGCCAGCAGCAGCAGCAACACAUGUUGCAGCAACAUUCCAGCGGCGGCAGCAGCAACAACAACAACUUGGCUGCCGCCGGCACAACAACAACUGCCAGCAACAAUAACAAUGCCAGCGGAAUAGCCUCCUCGGCAGCUGUGCUCACCGGAAGCGGAACUAUCGUUCCCCUGGUGGCCCGCGGCUCGCACUACAAUCACCACGGCAGCACGCGCUAUCAGCCAAGGUCGCAGCAGCAAGUGUUGCACCAACACCAGCAACCGUCACAGCAGCAUCAUCACCAGCAGCAGCAACAUCAGCAGCAACAGCAGCAGCACUACAGCUACCACCAUCCGCAAUUUGGCAACAUGGCCGUGCCCAUGAGACACUAUGAUGCACAUCAGCAGCAGCAGCAAUAUUCGAGCAAUGUCUACGCCGAUGAUGCCUACAGCGCCUAUCACCACACCGCCCAUCACCAGCACAGCAGCAGCAAUCACUCGACCAGCGGCAGCAACAACCCCCGACAAUCGGCCGCCUACGCAGCGCCCCGUCGCCACAACUCCAGCAGCAACAUGCGACACUCGACGGCAGCAGCAGCAGCAACAGGAGCAACAUCAACGGUAGAGGCGGCCAGUCCAGCGGCAACAGUUGCUGCUGCUGUACCAGCAACAGCGCACAGCAACCAGUUGCAGCAGCAACAUCAUGCGCUGCUGCAGCACGCGGACUCGCAACUGCUGCCCGGCCACUUGAAGUGCGGCAUGUGCGCCUCGCUGGUGCUGGCCUCUGUUUUCGUGGCCGGAACAAAGUUCUACUUCGACCACCAGGGCACCGGACUGGAGGUGCUGAUCUUCUGCGCCUUCUCGGCCACCUUCUUCCUGGCCGCCUGCCUGGUCAGCCUGUGCCGCAUUCCCAAGGGCCUGCUCUCGAGCUCCAGUCGCUCGGAUGGCCGGGCAGCCGUGGGCCACAGUCGCGGCGUGAACUCGGGAUCGGGAUCGGCCCAGUCCGCCGGCUGUCUGCUGGAGAUGAGCGAGGUGCGGUAUCUGGAGGAGCAACAGGUGAAUGCCGGGGGCGGGAUGACGUCCAGUGCCGGUCCGCCACCCUAUCAUAUAGCCAUAUUGCUGCCGGAACAGACGCCGGCGACUUUAGGAAAGCAACUGCCGCUGGAUGAAUCGCCGCCGCCGUCAUAUGACAAAAUUCUCGUGUAGGCUAUCGGGGAAUUGAGCUUUAGUUCCAGUUCCCGAAUCCUCAUCCCUGACACCCCCUUAAAUGCACAAUGCCAAGUACUUUUGCUCAGUAUUUUUCUAAACCAAAACGAUAUCACAGUUUAUAUGAACAUUUACACGGCAUAUUUAUAUAUAUACAGACAUAUAUAUCAGAUAAACAUAUACGAAUACACGAAUAUUUACUAUUAAGCUCCGAAUAAUAUUUUUACACUUUCUAUGCCCCGUACUAGAACCAAAAUUCUUCCACUCCAAAACCCAAACAUGUCAUAUUCUACUGUCAUUUUUGUUCUGUGAUAUGCUCAAGAGAUCAAGAAAUCAUACGCUAUAAAGACCGCGAGAUCAAACUAUGUUUAACCAUUAGCUACAAACCACGACAAGCCAAUGCAACGAGAAAAAGAUGUAGAAAUAGCGGAUACAGAAAAUAAAUAAUUCAAGCAGCAGUAUUAGUAGGCAGUUAAGUAAUAAAUUAACCAAUCAAAUGCCCAGUUCUCUUACAAAAUACUAAAGAAGAGUGCAAUAUAUUAAGAAAAUACGACAUAUA